AUGUCUAGAAAAAUACCAGCUCGCGACCAAGUGGUCAAAUUGAUUGUUGGUGCCGGUCAAGCAAGUCCCAGUCCUCCUGUUGGUCCGGCACUUGGUAGUAAAGGUGUCAAGAGUAUGGAUUUUUGCAAGGAAUUCAAUGCCCGUACCGCGCACAUCACACCUGGGGUUCCUAUCCCAGCCCGAGUCAUCGUUCGCCCCGAUCGCUCAUUUACGUUCGAACUCCGGACGCCCAUGACUUCUUGGCUUCUCCUCCGAGCCGCAGGCGUCAAAGAGAUCAAGGGCAAAAUUCGCGGCGCGCAGAAACCCGGAACCGAAACCGUUGGCACCGUCUCGCUUAAACACAUUUAUGAAAUUGCCAAAAUCAAACAAAGCGAACUGCGUCUUUCAGGUCUUAGCUUGGAGGGUCUAUGCAAAAGCGUAAUUUGGCAGUGCAAAUCGAUUGGCGUCAAGGUCGUGCCAUGA